CGGGGCAUUGGCCCGGCUGACUCAGCCCCUUAUCGCCCAUCCCAUCUGCAGUGGCAAUCAUCAAUGGUCCAUCGCUACUUUCUCCUCUACUCCAGUUCCUGUCUGAUUCACUCGGCGCCAAUAUGGGUAACGACGGUGGCAGUAUCCCGACCCGCCGCGAGCUCGUCCGCGAAGCCGCCCGCAAUCCCAGCACGGCGCAAGUAAAAGAAGCGCAGCGCGAAUUACAAGAACACUUCUGGACCACCUGUCCCUUGUCGCACAAGCAAUUAAUCCGACCGAUUGUCUCCGACUGUGUCGGAAACCUCUACAACAAAGACGCCGUGCUCAAAUUCCUCCUCCCCGACGAAGAAAUCGAAGGCAUCAGCUCCAAAGCCGACUGCGAGGAGAUUCUCGGGGGUCGGGUGAAGGGUCUCCGGGACGUCGUUGAGUUGAAAUUUGAAAUCGAUGCCGAGCGCGAAGAACAUCCCGCUGCGAAACAGGAGAAGCGUGAAGCUUGGAUCUGUCCCGUCACGGCUAAGCAGCUGGGCCCGAAUGUCAAGUCUGUUUACUUGGUUCCCUGUGGCCAUGUGUUUUCUGAGGAAGCGAUUCGUCAACUUAAGGGUGAUAAGUGUUUACAGUGCGACGAGCCCUACACUUCGGACAACGUGAUCUCGAUUCUCCCGACAAAGGACACCGAUAAACAACAACUCAUCGAGCGCGGACAGAAGCUCGCCGAGCAGGGUCUCACGCAUUCGUUGAAGAAGGCCCCUGGGUCAAAGAAGCGCAAGAAGAACGCCAACGGCGACGCGGCCGAAACGGGCGCCACCGCGGGCAAGGAAUCAAAGCCAGCAGCCUCCGGCGCGGGCUCACGGGAGCAGUCUGCGACCGCGAGUCGAAGCAACACAUCGACGCCCACUCCUAGUGCAUCGAAUGGCAUCAAGAAUGCAGCCACGGCCCUGUUGACGGCCCGGGUUCUGGAAGAGGAGAAUGCGAAGAAAAAGCGGCGGAAGAUGCUGGGUGCCAAUGAUAACAUCAACAGUCUCUUCACGAAGGAUAACAAGGAUACGCAAGCGAAGAAUACCGAUUUCAUGACGAGAGGAUUUAGUCUUCCUGCGGCAGCCAGGAAGUAGUUUGCUUUUGGUGCUGUUGCAGUUUUUUAAAGGCGUAUGGGGUUUCAGGUGCCGGCUGCGGAACCGGUUGUUUUUGCUAACUAUGGUUGAGAUCUUG